CUGAUUGGGCAUUUAAAUUUUUACGAAACAAAAACAAAAAAAAGUCAGAAAACUGGGGAACGUCAUAUCCAGGCGCUCCCGCAGCCACCGGAGACCGAGGGCGACGGCGACGGCGAUGGCCUCUUCUGCCGCAGAAAAACCACUCCCUUCCUUUGAGUUCUCGGCCGAUUCUCCGCCGGCGAGACUGAAACUCAGCCCCGAUCAGUAUAACUACUGCUCCCAGGCUCUCAAAUUCUUCAAAGACAAACUCCAGAUGCCUCACCAGAUCAACCAAGAGUUCGCUCUCUUACAGGGCAAGAGGAUCACAGCAUCUGAGAUGAAGAGAAGUUGCACUGUGGCUCUGGACCCUGUCAAUGUCACCAAAAAUCGCUACACCGAUGUCUUACCAUUUGAUCAAAAUAGGGUCGUUCUCAAGUCUUGUAAAGAUUACAGACCUGAAGCAAGGGGCUACAUCAAUGGCAGCUACAUCUCGGCUUGUUCCUCUGAAAGCAUUUCUAGGUUUAUAGCUACACAAGGUCCACUUCCGCAUACCUAUGAGGAUUUCUGGGAGAUGGUACUUGAGAACCAUUGCCCUGUAGUGGUCAUGCUUACUCGCUUAGUCGACUAUUACAAGAUGGUCAAGUGUGGAGAUUAUUUUCAGGCAGAAGAUGGUCCUAGAGAAUUCGGUAAUAUAACCAUAGCCACCAAGUGGACAAGAACCACUUGCACUUCAUUAGUAUUGCGCCUUCUGGAGGUCAGCAGUAAGGAGUUAGAGGAACCAUCAAUGUCUGUGCUGCAUAUUCAGUAUCCUGAAUGGCCUGACCAUGGAGUUCCCACGGAUACAAUUGCUGUUCGUGAAAUAUUGAAGUCAAUAUAUCAAGUUCCACCCAACCUUGGCCCAGUAGUGGUGCACUGCAGUGCAGGUAUUGGGAGGACUGGAACAUACUGCACAAUUCAUAAUACAAUUCAGAGAAUUCUUUCUGGGGACAUGUCUGCUUUAGAUCUUGCUAAUACAAUAACCACGUUUAGGACUGAGCGUAUUGGAAUGGUGCAGACACUGGAGCAAUAUUUUUUCUGUUAUUCUGCAAUCAUUGAUGAAUUGGAAGACCUCAUGGCGGAUCUGAAUGGUGGAAGGUGCUCAAAAGAGCUAGGUCAAUAACAGUAAGAGCUCAAAGUAGUAUGCCUACUUACCUGUUGAAGGAGUGAGCGACCUUAAUGUAGCUUCUCGUAUGUUUGUGCACGAAAGAUAUGAUGCUCAUCUCUCUGGUGGAACAAAUAGUUUUUUUUUUUGGACAAAAUGGAACAAUUAGUGCUUCUAAAAGCUAAUUAUGUCUCCUAAUUCUACUUUUUAAUAUACCGUGCGAAUAAUUUAUUAGCCUCUUCUGUUCCUGAUUUAUGUAAUUAGACAUUUCGAGUGUCUUGUUCGCUGCGGAAUUCCAACAAGACGACCAUUUA